AAUAUAUCAGUAUUUAUUCAACCUAUCUAUUGGAAAUCUUAAGCGAUGGCUGACUUUAUAGAUUUUUCUAAAGUCCCAGUUACAUUAAAGUCACUAAACAAACGAUCGGGAAUUUUGACAGUUUGUAUAAUUGUAUUGGGGAACAUUUUUGAAUGACUCGAAGGAGAAUUAGUUGCGGUUAUUUAAGAAAAGUGAAUUAACUGAACUAAUAUAUUCAAAUGUAAACAUAGUAUUUAUAUAUCACUGGAUAUUAAGACUUCGGGAGGCGAGAAAAAUAAAAUAGGAUUACACGUUUUUGACCGUUCUUUUCAACGAAUAAAACUGUGUUAUUAAUCAAGCUUAAAGUGUUAUAUAGGAAUUAAAUUCUAAUUUAAGUUAUAGCUAUACCGCGUCAUUAAUAUAUACAGCGUGAUAUUCUUUCGAGGAUUAUGUAACUUCAAUUAGGAUUUGAAUUUAAAUUAGAUUUGUGUAAAGUUGGAUAGUUUUGUGAAAUUGAGUAUAUAGACGCCAUGUUUAUUCUUGUAAAAUAUGGGAACAACGAGACACUAUUGUGUAAUCCUAGCUGUGCCGUUGUUAACUUGUUAACCAGUAUUAAAAGAAGGGCGGGGUAUGAAAAUACAAACGUCAUAGUUGACAUUGCCGACGAAACAGGUCUUGUGAAGGAGCUUGACACCCAUAAGUUCGAUCAUGCCAAUAAACACCUGACGUCACACGCCACGUAUGUUCUCGUUCAGAAAGAGAUUAUGCGGGAAGACAGCCUCGACCCUAAUUCAACUCCACUUCCACCACAGUAUACCUAUAUUCCUCUAUUGGAAAAAUAUGAUGACCACUUUCCAAAUUUCAACAUCAGAUCUGCAGAAAUACAAAAGCCUCUGAAAUCAAAAUCAAGGACAGGAAAAUCUCCAAGUCCCGCUGGAAGAUAUUCAACAAAACAAGGAGGCAAGAAGAGUGCAGGUGGAAAAGUCACAACAAAAAGAAAAUCAUAAUGAAUUUAGUGCAAUAGAAGUAGCACUUUGUUUGUUCAAGACUGAUACUUUUUACAUGAAAAUUCUCAACACUUUUCAUCAGUGUUGUAUAUUUUUAAAGAAUAAUGGGUUUCUAAAGUUAACUUGGAAUUACCUUUGUUAAAAUAUAAUAAAAGUGUUAUAUAUGCAAUUUAGGUUUUGGUAAUAGUUCACUCAAAAUUUUGAAUUUAUUAAAGAACUUACCCAUAUUACUCAAUACAGUUUAAUAGAUCUUGUUAAAUUUACUUCUUCUUAUAACCUUACUUAUAUAAAUAAGUCUUUGCAAAAAUGAGAAUUAAAAUGGUGAAGAUUAUUAAAGAGUAGCUUCACAUUUUGAAUGCAAUUAAAAUACUUUGUGAUAUUGAUAUCUUUUAAAUUAUUUUGUUUUUGUAAGAUUACAUAUCAUAUGUUGUUCUGGCAGUUAUACACAUCAGGUACACAACGACUGUAUUGUUUCCGCAUACAGUAACGUCAUUCAUUCAGAAUAUGUGUUCCGAUUUUUGUAACGUUAAAUAUAUCGACCGAAGAUUGAACCAUAGAUAAGGUUUGAUAUACAAAUCUUUUGUAUACCGUGUAUGCAAACAUUGAAUAAAUGUAAUAAAGUUUAUAUUUAUUAAGA